AUGAUGAACCUCGGAAUUAGGGGCUCCCCAACGUCUGAUAUCUCCCAGCCUCGGAGAUUUAGUUUGCCCCGACCUCCAACAGGUCAGCAUCAGUCGAUACGCCUUGAGUCUGAUGAGGCUGCUUUGAAAGAAGACUUAGGUCCAAAACCCGCCCAGGAAGCCGCGACUUCGGAGGCCUCGAAAGUCGAUCAUCUUGGACUAUUGGCUCUCAAGCAGGCUAUCUCAGUCGCGUUUACUCAACGGCGAGCUAAUCUACUCCUUCAUGUGCUCUGGCAUCGCCAGUUGACAGUAUCGGCGGAAGAAGUACAAAAUGCCAUUGAAGUGAGAGUUCCCUACUACUAA